AGUUUGCACUCGAAAAGGCAACAUUUCGAAUCAAGGCGCGAGGUCCACGCGCCCGAGGUGACGAUGAAGAUGCUACGCAAUGUCCUCUUGACGCUAACGUGUAUCCUCGUCGCUCUCUGCGCCUUUGCCACGAGCGACGACAGCACGAUCGGCGGCGGCGCGAUCGACCCAGCCUACGGCCCCAUCGACGCUGUCUACACUUGGGUCAACGGCAGCGACCCGGCGUGGCGACAAGCCAAGGCGCAGUGGCAUCUCAAGUGGCUCAGCGAGCUCCACGGCCGGCCGAUCAAGGCGAACCCGCGCACCAAGGACACGGCGUCGGCCGACAACCGCUUCCGCGACAACGACGAGCUCCGGUACUCGAUCCGGUCGCUGCAUCUGUACGCGCCGUGGAUUCGGCACAUCUACAUCGUCACGUACGACCAAGUGCCCACGUGGCUUGACGAGGCCAACCCGCAUGUGACCAUCGUGCCGCAUACCGCGCUCUUUGCGAAUGCGUCGCACUUGCCGACGUUCUCAUCGCCGGCGAUCGAAGCGAGCUUGGACCGCAUUCCAGGGCUCUCCGAGUACUUUAUCUACUUUAACGACGAGACGCUCCUCGGCGCGCCCGUGACGCCCGAAGACUUUAUGAGCCGGGACGGGACACAGAACGUCUACCUCUCGUGGGAGAUCCCGCCGUGCAAUCACAUGUGUGCCAACUGGAUGCUAGGCAAUGGUGUGUGCAACCACGCCUGCAACACUGCAAGCUGCGCAUUCGACCACGGCGACUGCACCUGCACCAACGCCGAGACGCGUGUGGUCGCCAACGACUGGAAAGAGAGCUGCCGGCUGCCCGAGCGACGAACGACGAGCGCAAAUGUCUGUGCGCCGGGCUGCGACUGGAACUUGCUCGGUGACGGCCAGUGCCACGCACACUGCAACUUUGCCGAGUGCGCGUUCGACGCUGGGGACUGCGACAAGACCGCACUCGGUCUUCUGUCUCACGCGACCCUCGACACGUCUACUGCCGACGCCGCCGUGCUCGUGGACCCUUCGAGCUUUGUGCUCAUCUUGCGUGACGUUACUGCUGCGGAUCUUGACGCGCCCAGUGCGCUUGUUCAGCAUACUGCGAUCCGCCAAUCGCAGCUCUUUGUUUUUUUUGCGGCGACUGCCACCGAGACGGCUGUCGUCAUGGUCACAUUGGUCAACGGGUCGACUGUGCGACUGCAGCUGGUGCCACACGGUAUCGCGCUAGAUGGCGCGGGCUACGCUGCAGGGCUGCCGCCGUCGUCGCUCGACUUCCCUGCCGCAAGCGUCUCACCGGCGUUCGAACCGACGCAACUGGCGGCGACGAUCUACAUUCCGUUUGCACUGUUGUCCGACUGGACGAGCGAGACAACCUUCCGCAUCAACGAUGGUGCGGCCGUGACGUGCCCGGCUGUCGAUGCCGCAUCAGUGAGUGCUGGUGAUGCGAGCUACUGCGCCCUCAACACGACGGGAGUGCUGCUGCACGCCCAGCCCGGCGCGGUGGCCAGCGCACGCGUCUGCGUCACCAACAGCGGCAAGAGCAGCUGCAUCGAGUACAGCAAUAUGACCGUCGUCGCACCAACGGUCCAUGACGCCAAGUACAUCUUGCCCAAGACCAAGCACGAGUGCAACUGGUGGGAGUGGUGCAAUGUAGCCUACCCAACGCUCGCCGACCGCUGUACGACCCCCGACACAAAGAAGCUCACGGCCAAAGACCCGGCGGGCGCGGAAGCCAAGGCGAUGACGCUCUGCACUCGUUUCGGCGCGGACCUCGUGGACGGUCCGUUCACGCGGGACGCGACACAGCCACUUCUCAACAAGAUGUGCCGCAUCAUGAACACGACGGACGAGGACCCGUUUUGGCUCCACGGGUGUUCGCAGCCGACCGCGACGCUCCCAGCCGCGGAGCUCGCGAAUGCAUCGUCGGACGCAUUUGGCGACUCGCUCAAGCACGUCAACAAGCUUUACGACGAAGCGUUCGGCAAGGCGAAGCGGCCGCGUCGGGUGCCAUCGCACAUGCCUCAUUUUAUCCAGAAGCGGUUUCUGACCGAGCUCAAGACCCACUGGCCGGCCGAGUUCAACGCGACGUCAGCACACCGCUUCCGGCACCCAGAGGACAUGCAGUUUAGCUUCUCGUACAUGCACUACGUCAUGAACCGCCAUCGACUGCACCCGCCGAGAACGAGCCACGAAGUGUUUACAAACCUGCUCGACAUCAACCAGAACGGCCGCCUCGACGACUUCGAAGAGCCAAAUCUUCUGUCGAUCGUGCCCGAAGCGUCGCACGCACUGGUUCGAGCACUGCUCGACGCCUGUCGGCGCGCGGCCAAUGACUCGUCGUCGCUGACACUGGCCGAUAUCGCGGCGCACUGCCCAGGCUUGGAGCGGCGGCUGAGCCACGAUGUGAACGAAUCGCGGCCCACAUACCAGCUCAUGACGGAAGACCAAGUGACGUUCCUCAUGCUCGGCGAGGCCAUGGGCGCGUACGGUCAGCUGUACCGCGCUCGAUCUCGCCACACGAAAUUUGUGUGCGUCAACGACGACAUGCACAACCCGACGCCCGCAUUUCGAAAGAUGCUGCAAGACUUUUUCCAGCUGCGCUGGGGCAAACCGUCGCCACUGGAGCUGACGGCCGAUGCCCACCAUGCAAAUGUGCGGGAAGCCAAGCCGCACUUCAAGGCGACGAGCCAGCUCAGCCAAGACAUCGAGUGGAGCGCGCUCUGGCCGUACCAGCUUUUGCUCGUCCUAGCAUCGACCGGCACCUUGUACUACAUGGGCAUGCACCAGCGAUGGCGGUCGUCGAGUCGCGCGAUGAGCCUCGGCAAGGGACUUGCCAAAUGAUGCAAAGCGUAGACCUAGCAUAACUUACAAAAGACACUUGUCCCAUGGCACAUUAACCCUCCCAGACCUAAAGGUUAAGACACUAUGGACAAUCAAAUCAGGC